AGGCGUCAAAAAUUCGACUAGUUCGGAUGGUUAAGCGUGCAGUGGACGACACUCGACAUAUUCCCCCACCUCUGCUUGCUUCUCACAUAUACGCGAUUGUACAAAAUAUAUUUGUUUUUUUUUCUCGUUGACCCCUGUUGUGUAUGCGUUUUCAAUGCUGGGAGCAGUGGAGCGAGCCUUUGUUUUGGAUUACACGAAAAAAACCCUUUUCUGUUAUGAUGAACAACAACGAAAACCGUGUGUUUGAGAAAAAUCGUUAUGCGACAAGAAAACUUGACUAAUAUUUUUUUUUCCAUUUUCGAAUCUUCAAGAUUUAUCGUUUCCUUCAUUCAUCGUGCCAGUCUCAUCGCUGAAAUCGAUCGUCGUGUGUUUAUAUAUGUGUGUGAAACAAAUCAUCGAUCGACAAGUUCGCUUAUAUAUAUUCACGAAGCUUACGAUUCAACGGUAAAAAGUGAUUAACGUGAAAAAAAAAAAAAAAAAAACGGUUCUGAAGACCGAAUCGAUGUUUCUUCUUUUCCUUCCGCACGUAUGCAUCUUCGAUUGACGCGAAAACUACGCAAAUUGUAAUAUAUGUAUAUAACACGAUGUGCUGCUGCUGCGAAAUUCCAAUUCGAUGUUUUGGCGAUGGACCCAAAAGCGGGUCAAUAUCGUACGCUAUAUAAAACACCGAGAGAGACGGAAAGUAACGUGUCUUGUCAGGAACAAGACGAAGAAGGAGGAGCAGAGAAGAAGAAGAAGCGGUGAAAGAGUGCGAAAAGACGAUCUUUUAUCUAAACAUAAAGUGAUGAGAAUGAAACGGAAGCAGCAGGCGUGAGAUCAAAAAGACUCGGCGAUUGUUGGGACUGUUCCCGAAUGUGAGAAUAACACGAGAUUUACACAGCCUGUUAUUUUAUUAUUCUCUUCGCGUUGAAUACAAUACAUAUGUGUGUAUACGUUAUGUAUGCAUAUUUGUGUCCAGUGGCCUUCGCAAACGAUACUAAAAAUAAUGGAAUUCGUUGAUUCCGUUAUUCUCUUUAGACGCCUCCGCCCAUGGCGAAAAGGGGAUAUAAGUGAACGCAUUAUCGAAGAAAACGAUGCUGAAAAACUGCUGUUUCCGUACAACAGAGUGCUAUAAACUUCCCGCAUACGGAAACUGAUAGUUAAAAUGAUAUAAAAGUUAUUUACUUCAACCAAACUCGUGCAAUAUAUACUCAAACAAUUUGUAAACUCGUCUUUGCACAUACGCAGCAGAUUUGACGAAUAAUAAAAGAAUUUAAUAUCGAAUCGAUAAUCGAAUUUUCAGUGGCCAUCUUCACUCGCCUGACUUAUGAAUCUGCCUACAACGUUGUUGUUCUCAUCGUUCGCAAAUAACAGUAAACCAACGAAAAAAGUGUAUUCAUAAUCUGAAUUGUUGUACGUUCGUGACUCUUUAAUCGAUGAAAAAAUAAGCCGAAAAUAACGGAAGCAACACGGUCGAGCAUUACGAAAAAAUCGCGAGACUGCGCUGGGUCGGUCAACCGCCCCAAAAAUAAUAUUUCUAAUAGAAGAUGCAUAAAAGGUCAACGUGGUGAAGAAAAAUGCAACUGAGAGAAACCAAUAAACCUCAAAGUGUGCGAUCCACGACGCGAGUGCUCGGUAUUUAUAGACGAAAUUUGAGGAAGAGAGUGACAGAGAGACGCUUCUUCGCGCCUUCGAUUCUCGCGAUAGACAACGACUCGAGGGAAUAAAAAUACAUGAGUGAUCGAAAAUAUUUAAUUCUCUGUUAGAAAGAUAAGUUUUAAAACGAAAACAGCGAGUAACUGGACACAAAAUGAUCGGAGGAAAAAGUAUAGGAGACUUGUCGCGAUUCGAGCCGUAAUUCGAGGUUGGUCGGAUUUUCAUUGACGGCUAAGGAAGAAAAGGAGUAGACAGAGAGGAGAGAAAACAAAGCAGGAGAAUAAGAUGAUGUUCACCGGUGGAAGAACGUCACACUCAAAGAAAAGAAAUACCCCCAGCAGAGCCGGAAGCGGAAGGAAAUCGUCCCUCGAACAGAACAGAAUUCCGCAACCGCGAGUUGGACCCGAUGGAUACACUUACCGAACCAGAAUACCAUCUGCAUUGAACCCAACGGAUUUGCCACCAGCCAAUGCAGGAAGAACGUACGUUUAUCGUACGAGAAUACCUCGAAGAGAUGCUCUUGGUGCAUCCUCAUCGCCGCCACGAGAAAACAACGUCGGCGUACCGAUAACUCGAAGACGAGGAGCCGUUAAACACAACAAAGUUCAUAUUGUCCGAGGACACAAGCUAGUAGCAAAGUUUUUCAGACAGCCAACCUUUUGCGCUCUUUGUAAAGAUUUCUUGUGGGGUUUUUGGAAACAAGGCUAUCAGUGUCAGGCGUGUCAAACCGCAGUUCACAAAAAAUGUCACGACAAACUUCUCACAAAAUGUCCCGAAAGCGGACGAGAGUCCGAAAGCACUAUAGUGAGUAAUCGAGGAGUAAAGGAGAAUGAUCCGUUCAAAAUGAUUUCAUGACAAGUAGUACUGCUGAAAAUAACAAUGACUGAAGAAACGAGUGCUGGAGCUCUACUAAAAAAAUAAUUCAUAACUGAAUUUUCUCAUAUAACGUACAUAGAAUAUAAGAUAUGUAAUAUACAGAAAUGUAUAAAUCGCCUCAUGCUGUAACUCAAUUGUUUAAAAAAUUAAAGAAUCCUUUAUAAUGCUUUACGGUAUUCCUUUCGCAUGACCAUAUUUUUUGAUGGCGCAAAUUGGGACACUCGAUUCCUAACUUCUGAGAAGUCGCGGUUAUAUAUGAAAAGCUUCUGCUUCUGCCAUUUUUCAACUUGUAUCGUUAAUGUUUAUUUUAAACAUUCGGAAUUUAUAAUUAUUUAGUAUAUGAUUUAUAUUUAAUAUAAAUGUGGUUAUGAUGGAAUCUCCAUAAGCUCAUCUCGUAUAAAUUUUAAUUUCGCCAUUCUAUUCGCAUGCACUUCUACUUUACUGUAAUUAAAAAUCAGUUAUUCGUAGAAUAUUCAGGUUCGUGAAAGGAAUACCUUAAAGCACUUCAAAUACUGUGCACUAACGAUGCAUUUUAUUUUUUAUCUAACCGAAAGUUUUAUCAAUCUUUCUAUGAGAUUUAACAACUACGGUGCGUUUACGUGGAACGAAGCACCGACUGUGGUGAACGUUCAAAUUUAGCUUGACGUCAUUUAGAUUAUUAGUUAUUUUUCCAUACAAUUUUGUAGAAUGGACAUAGCAUUCGUAUGUGCAAAAAAAGUACAGGAACUUGUAAUUUUUAAAUAUUACUCGAAUCGAUGGAAUAUUUUACAAGGUUCGAGAAAUAUGAUGGGGCCUGACCACAUGAUGACCUUUACUACUUAAAACUGGAAUUUUAUCCACUUGAGUAGUUCCGAAACCAUUCUUAUGACCCCAAAGCAAUUUACGAGAAAAAUUCUCGUAGAAGAAUUGAAAGAAAGCAUGGAAAUUUCGAAAAUUGGUUCCUGCACUGAAAAUUGCAACAGAACGAGAAAUGACUAAGUUUUAACUAUACGCUUUUCCGAAGUGAAUCAUAUACCGAAUUGUAGUUCGACAAAGCUUUUUUGGCAUAACUAAUAAAACGAGGCAAUAAAAGAGAUUUAUAUACUCGUGAAAACUAAAAACAAAAUCAUAACUUUUCACACUUUCGCUACUGAAUUUCACAUCGUUCUGAAUACAACAAAUAAUUAUAUUUUUCAUAGGCUAAAUACGCAGUUAUGGAAUUUGUUCUAAUCUUUUUUUUUGCAGAUGUAGUCUGCAGGUCCCUAAGGAAGACCGAGAAAAAAGUUUGAACAAUUUUCGUACGCCAAAUCUGUGAAUAAAUAUUGUCUAGCAGAGAAAAAAUAAAACAUUAUUAUUAUUA